AUGAUCCAAAGAGUGUUGAGUGUUGUGCUCGUGAGUGGGCUGUUGGUGGCCACGAUGGGCGCCUCCAUUGCGGACAAUGAAAUCGAGAGUCGCCAGAUGAAGAUCCAUUCUGGAGAGGAGCUCAUCGACUCCAUCACGAGUGACUGUUUUUCCGGUGAUACAUUCAAGUGCCUCAAAGGACGGGUGCUUUGCUACCUGGACACCACUCUCGGGGUGACAGAGAGGACUUCACGAGCUUUCGAGGACGACAACGUUGAUCGAGCGAUCUUCGAUCGCGUCAGUCGAGUUCUCGCCACCAGCGAAUUCCGGAUGGCUCUGCCUCAGACAUUCUUCGGACAGGCCGUCCUCACCUACCGUCCGGACGAAGGAUUCAACUUCCUCGUUCCCCAAGAGAGAGCCCGCAAUGGAGAUCUUAAGGAGAAAUUGCUUAUCCCAAUUCUCCUCCUCAUGAAGCUCAAGCAGAAGAUUGUCCUUCCCAUUGUUCUGGGUCUGAUUCAUCUGAAGGCUGUGAAGGCCUGGGUGAUGUCCAAGCUGGCCAUCACUCUCGUUCUUGGCUUUCUGCUGCACCAGCUGCUGAAGAAGAAGGGUCUUCUCCCCAUGCCGAUGACCAUGAUGCCCAUGCCACCUCCAGAGCCCGCGCCAGUCUACGGAGCCCCCGCUCCGACCCCAGCGCCAGCCUCCUCCUAUGGGCCCAGCAGCUGGGAGCCCACCAACGGAGGUCCCUACUCUAGGAUAUGGGAGCCAUCGUCUGACUCCCACCAGAUGGCCUACAGCGCAUACUACCCUUCAUCGUCAUCCUCAUCGUCGAUCGCCUCCUCAUCUUCCAGCUCUGGAUCCUCGGGAUCCAGCAUCGCAUCCCAUGCAUACUGA